AUGACGAUCCCGUCUCCAAGCUCUCCGCCGCUCCUUUGCCCUCGCGGGCCACCGUACACAGCAGCUUGCUCCGCCCCCAACUCAAAAGCUUUCCAAAUAGAGUUGGGGAAGUUCGAUGUGUGAGAGUUUAACAGCACUCCGUCCUUUUACAUUCAAAUAAACUCCGCAAAAGACAUGCUCGGCUGUUUGCGGUGAGUUCACGGCCGCCCGCAACGGGUAGGAACCAUGGGCCCGUUGCGUUCAAAGCCCUCGCUGCUGUGGCUCGUCGCCGUCGUUUUGACAGCUCGCGCGAGCAAAGCUGCGGCGAAAUCGAAACUGAUCGAUUACGGUUCGGCGUGUGACUCCCGGGACAACGAGCUCAGCCUGAGAUCCAGCAGCACCCCCUCCCCGGACGGGCCGGAGCCGGGGGACCUCGCCGAAGCAUUCAGCGUCCCGACUCUGGACGGGGAGUUCUCCUACCAGCCCGGCAGCGCGCGCGGACCUCUCGUCGUGCACGCCUUCUCCAACAAGUCGGCCUUCCUGGAGUGCAUGUGGAGCUCGGAGUCGUCCCUGAUCAGCCUGGUGGAGGAGCUGCCCAACAGCACCCACGUGCUGUUCCUGUCCCUGGACGAGUCGGCGGCCAGUGACGCCCUGUGGAUGAGGGAGCAGCUGCAGCGGGUCGCCGUGCUCAGGAAUAAGGAGGUUCUGUCCAGACUGCACUUCUCCCCGGUGCCGGUCUUCGCUUUGGGUAACUGGAUACCCAAUGUGCUCUACUACUGGCGCGGCCGUGUCUUCUCCCAGGUCGUCUUCAAAUCCGAGGGGUGGAAAAUGCCGAUAGUCGUCAAGAGACUAAAUGCCCGGUACGACUGGCUCGCAGCGCGCGGGGAGUCGAGGUCCUACCAGCUGCUGGGGGCCGGUGACGGCUGUGAACCUUCCCCCUCGGUGGCGGGAGCUCUGGCCUGGGUGUCCGAGGGCAACUGCUCGUUCUUCACCAAGGUGCAGAGCAUGGCCCAGUCCAACGCCUCCGGUGUCCUCGUCCACGCGCUCCCCGGUCACCCGAUCCAGGACAUGAACUGUGGCGGGGACGACUGCAACGCCACGCUGACCAUCCCCGCCGCCAUGGUGCACCUGGAGGCUUCUGUGGCUCAGGCGCUCGAGUGUGGACAGACGGUGUUUGCGUCCUUCCAGAACACCCCGUCCCCUACCUUCUUCAUCGGUAUUGACCACCAGGGGGCGCUGGCUGAGAUGGGCGGGUUUAUUUACCCCUCGUUCAGCUUCGUCAACUGGCAGGCGCAGUGGUUUGAUUUCUACGCAGAUCUGCAGACUAAACUUCAAAGUCCUGCAAAGGUCAUUUCUGUUUUUGACAAAGUGCAAAUGCAAGGAGAGGAGGGAGCAGUGGCCACCGUCCACCUGCCGAUAGCCCUGUGGGACUUUGACACGCUCCAGCUGGACGCGUCCCUGUCGUGUCCCGGCCGGAGGGACUCGUCCUGCGCCCACUGGGAUCACACGGUGCAGCUGUUCGUGUGCUGCGACCCUCUGGGCCCGUACUGCAACACGGAGCUGGGCCGAUGGAUCACCGCCUUCCGCAGAGGCACCGGGCGCUGGCUGACGGACGUGUCCCCUCUGAUGCCUCUGCUGGACAGCAACAAAUGCACCCUGACCAUGAAGACGCCCCCCUGGGCCAUGCCCUGGAUGGUCUCCCUCAACCUGCGAUUCAGCCUCAGCAAUCGGACAGAUUCUGAAGUAGAGAUGCUCCGCCCCUUCAGAGUGAUGCCACUGUACGGCGGCGGAACCUUCAACAAAAACUACAACAAGAGGCACCGGCCGGUCAAAGUGUCCGUCCCGGCAUCGACAAAAAAGGUGGAGCUGUACGCCGUCAUCACGGCCCACGGCUACGAUGAAAACCACUGUGGAGAAUUUUGCGUCACGUCCCACCACUUCCUGAUCAACGGCGUUUUCAACAACACCCUCACGUUCGAUUCCGCAGGAACACCUCUGGACUGCACCCUCCGGGUGAAAGAGGGCGCGGUGCCCAACGAAUACGGCACGUGGCUUUACGGACGCGCCGGCUGGUGUGACGGGCUGCAGGUCGACCCCUGGAGGACGGAUGUCACUAAACAGCUGAACAUGAGCCAGUUUGAAUCCAACACUGUUGUCUACUUCGGCUUGUUCCAAGGGAAGGAUCCUAAUCCGUCGAAGGAGCCCGGACAAAGUCAACGAGAAGAAGACCUGUAUCCAAAAUCAGCAUUUCGUUUGCCUGCGGUGCCUCAAGCUGGAGACGCACUGUCACUAAUUACAUGUAAUCACUUCCAAUUUGAAACUUUUGAAAUGAGAAAGUGUUUCUCAGUGAGUCAUCUUCCUCUCAUGGGAGGCGACUCCUGCUUCCUGCUGGCAUUGUCUUCUUUUCUUUUUUUAAUAUAUUUGCACAGUGAAGAUGAGCCAACUGACAAAUUGUUGUUGCAAAACAGCUACAAUAACAGCUCUUUAUUACAAGCGGGGAACAGCGUGUACUGUUUUAUUGUGGCAAUUAUAUGUCUGUCUGUGGGAAGAUUUUGUUACUGUGCAAGAUGCGCACGAAACUUCACAUCUGCAUUGUUAAAACUAAGGCCAAGUUGGGAGAGACAAGUGGUCUGAAGUUGGUCGCCAGUUCAGAUCAAGUAGUUGUAUGCAAGAGUUCCAUUUUGGGGGAAAUGUUAGGGUCAAAAUUUAGCAUGAAAACAAAUAUUAGGUCGGAAAAUGUUUUGGAAAAAAACGUAUACAAAUAUUAGGCCGAAAAGUGUUUUGAAAACAGUGUUGUCUAAAAAUGUUAUGGAAAAAUAAAGUAAAAAAAUCUUA